UGCACCAGGAUCGGCUUCGGUUCUUUGUUUAAUGUCGAUCAGAAUUUUAUAAGGUUGUUUUAUUUGUGGUGAAAUUAAUAAUAUUACUGUGAUUUGAGUGAAUUUGUUCAUUUGUUUGAACAACAAUCGUUUCAUAAUGAAGCUAGUGGAUCAUGUGGUCCGUAGCUUCAAAGUUGCGAAAGUCUUCAGAGAAAAUGCUGAUAAAAUCAACAGUAUAGACUUUUCCUCGAGUGGUGAUACAUUGAUUUCCUGUAGUGAAGAUGAUCAAAUUGUCAUUUAUGACUGCGAAAAAGGUACUCAGAUGCGAACAAUUAACAGCAAGAAGUACGGUGUUGAUCUUAUUCAUUUUACUCAUGCAAAAAAUACAGCAAUUCACAGCUCGACAAAAGUGGACGACAGCAUUAGGUACCUAUCUCUUCACGACAACAAGUACAUUCGGUAUUUUCCUGGACACACCAAGAAAGUGGUAACUCUUUGCAUUUCACCUGUUGAAGACUGCUUCUUAUCAGGCUCAAUUGAUAAAACAUUGCGUUUAUGGGACUUGAGAUCACCUAAUUGUCAAGGUCUAAUGCACUUGUCUGGACGCCCAGUUGCCGCCUAUGAUCCAGAGGGACUGAUUUUUGCUGCAGGCGUCAAUUCGGAAAUGAUUAAACUCUAUGACUUACGAUCCUUUGACAAAGGCCCAUUUUCUUCCUUCAAACUUGCUCAGGAGAAGGAGUGCGAUUGGACAGGACUAAAAUUCAGUAAAGAUGGUAAGACAAUAUUAGUGUCAACAAAUGGUUCAAUCAUUCGCCUAAUAGACUCUUACAACGGUACACCUCUGCAGACUUUCACCGGUCAUUUAAAUAACAAGGGAAUUCCAAUUGAAGCAUCAUUCAGUCCAGAUUCACAAUUUAUUUUUAGUGGAUCAACAGACGGCAGAGUGCAUGUAUGGAAUGCCGACACAGGUUACAAAGUGUGUGUGCUCAACGCCGAUCAUCCUGGCCCAGUCCAAUGUGUUCAAUUCAAUCCAAAGUAUAUGAUGCUGGUAUCAGCUUGCACAAAUAUGGCUUUUUGGUUGCCAACAGCAGACGAGAAUACUUAAGUUGUGUAAGUAUCAACUAUGAUAUUACAACUCAAUAUGAAUGUAUUUAUGAAGUUUACUGUGUUCAGCAUUCCAUGUGAACUUCUGUUUUGCUUUUACAACUUCUUGUGGAGAAUGCUGAUCAAAAGACCAGAAUUCAUCAGAUUAGUAAGAAAAAUCAAUUAACCUAUACUUAUCUAAAAUGAUUUUUUACCUCUCCGUGGAUUUAAACUUUUAAUUCAAUUGUUUGUGAUUUUGUAAAUAUUGUAUCGUAUCGAAUGAGUUAAUUGAAGAGUCAGUUCAGGGAUGUUUUUAUUUUAUUAUAGUCCUACACAGGCGUAAAAGGUUUUCUUAUUGAUGACAAGUUUAGACCCGUCCAAAUGAAUACACUGAUUGCUUAAGAGCAAUUAUAACACCUAGCAAAGAAGAUUCACCUGAGUCAAAAAUGCGUAUUUGUGAAAAGCGUUUCUGUUUGUGUUAGAUAUUACUUUAGACUCCAUUUAGUUAAUUGUUAAGUUAAUUUAGCUAUCAGUAAAACUAAAUUUCAUUAAUAAAAUUAGACUACCCUAAGUUAAUCAUCUAAUUAAAAUGACUGUAGUACAAACUAUUAAAUUAUUAUAAGUACUAAGUUCCUAUGGAAAUAGUAUCUUUCCAAUCGUGUAUUGCAUUGUAACAUUAUUUUGCGUUUCUAUUAAUUGCAAUUCUUAAGUUUUUGGCCAAUAUUAGUUUUAAAAUUUAAUCCGGUGUAUGAUUAAUUAUCCUUUUUUACAAUUUUUAAUGCUUAUUCUUGCAAAAUUUUUGUUUCUUAUUAUAACUAGCUUAUUCCUCAAGUUUUGUUGCUGAGCGGUCGACUCUACGUAGACUAUUUACAUCACGUAAAGUCAAACAACAUGUAAAUUAUGAUGAUAAACAAUACCCUACUUGUGAAAUUAUUCUUUUAACAAAACUAUACUAUUGAAGAAAUUCAAUUGUUGAAUCUCAAAGUAAAUUAGAUUCUAAAUAUCAUCUCAAAAGCUUAAUCGAUGAAUCAGUAAUAUAUUGUUUAUCAAGUUUAUUUGAGGUUAGGUUUAUCUACUCAGUUUGCGUUCUUACAUAAUCUUAUUUUCUUUUUCAUUCUUUCAAUAGAAUCUGUAGUCUUGACAAAAUCUCCUAUUUGUUUACUUGAUAAAAAUCCCUGCUCAGCUACAAAAUUAUAAAAUGGAAUGAUUUAAUAUUGAACACGGUAAAAAUUAGCGUUCUAGACGUAAACAUGAAACAAAAAUUUUCCGAGAAUUUUGUGAACAACCUUUAAAAUUUUGAAUAUGUUUUUAUUUAAGCAUCUGGAAAUUGAAUCAGGUUAUUGUUUAGUGAUGUUUGAGUCUUAUAAGUGAAGAUGAAAAUACUGUAAAUCAGGCGGAGUUGAGACUACAGUAUUUUCUACUAUUCAACCUUGAAGUGCGUAUGUGUUGAUUUUUUCAGGUUAAGCUGCGUUUACACCAAAGAGUAACAAAAUGUUAAUAACUUAAUCCUUAUAGAUUCUAUUAGAUUGAACAAAACUUGACACCUACACAUAUAUGUAUCAUAAGCUAUGUUCAAUCCAAUAGAAUCUAUAAGGUGUAAACGCAGCUUUAGGCUACUUAAUUUUCUACCCGUAAUGUAGGUCAGAAGUGGGGUUUUAACAUUUAAAUAAGUAACUAACAUUAUUUCCAAUUAUUUUGAAACAAAGACAGAGAUGUUCUAAAAACAGCUUUGUCAAAUUUUUACUUGAAUGAAUCUCAAUACUUCACCUAAUUGAACCAAUCAAAGAGUAACAGAGCAUUCUAUUAAAAUUAUAAAACUCCGUCAAGUCUCGUAUUGUCAUUAUUUCUCUUUAGUAGAGUUUUAUAUAGAAGAAUUUUCAUGCAGAUAUAAAUGGUACCGCGUCUUUAUUAACAAACUACACUCAUAUUUUUGUAUUGAUAUCUGAGAUCUGAAAUGAAAUUACCAAUAUUUACACUCUCUUGUUAAGUAGUCAUUAAUUCCGAUAAACAAACACUAGACAGGGGUACCCGCAUAGCGGAGGUUUGAUGCAGACUGAGUCAUAGAGAUUGUUCUAGGCUUGGAGUCUCAUAAAAGGUCGGAAGAUUUGUGGGAUCCCUAAUUUCUGUUGUUGUGGGAAGGGGCUAAUUUCUUUAGCUGGGUUUCUCAAGACAUCCUCUGGCAUAGAGCUUCUUUUUUGAUAACUUGAAAGUCAUAGCCUUAUUCAGGCAGUUGAAAAAGUAAUAAUACCUUUUAUUGCUUAUUAAUGUUGGCCUUAACUGAAAGUACCGAAUUUUCUUUUCUGAGGAAUAGGCUACUAUUCAUGGAAGACUCUGAUUGAUUUUUUUGUUUCAUUUGAAAGUCAUUUUUCGUUGCCACUUCAAAGUAUGUUGAAUGCUGGAAUUGUAGUAAUUAGAUUUUUUUUAAUACGGUCCAAUUUUUGUGAUGUUUAUUUGAUUAGAAUAAUUUACUUUAAGAGUAGUAUGUUGUAUUGAAAUUGUGUAAGAAGAUGACUCAGGAUCCCUCUAUGAAGCUUGAGUCCUUCAAUAAGUUGAAUUGCCAACUAAUUUGGUCAAAUUUUCCCACCAACUUUUUUAGGUGCUAGGAAAUACUCUUCAUGACUAGACACACUUGUAGAUAUAACUGAUAUUAUCACUGUAAAUAAUCUAACAGAUAUUAUGAUGGUUGAUUCUUUUAUAUAGUAGACUGUAAAUAUAACUAUGUGUAGAAUAGGUACCGCUUGGGCUGAUAUAAUGUCGGAUUGCAUAACCCUCUUUGAGUUUACGACUGGUUAUUUGGCGGGGGUUCUUUUGAUCUCAGGGGCUGAUAUUUUAUUUCUAUUAGAUUUCUGAACACACCUUAUUUAGACAAUGACACCAUUAUUGUUGCUGCAAAGUAAGUUAGGAUGUUAUAAUUUUCUAUCCUGUUCUUGAAUGUUUGCUAUAUAGGUGUAUAGUUUGGCCUCAGACUAUUAUGAGAUCUUUUUAGCACUCCCACAUCUUCCUUCUUACAGCCGGAAUGCAUUUCAAUUGACACUGUUGCAUUUAUAUUCUUCACUGAUUUUGUACCAUUCUACAGUUUCAAUAGAAUUUUUUCUAUUAUUAGUCGUAAGUUUUUAUUAGUUUUGAUAUCUUGUUGAAGCUUUCUGAGACCCAGGUUUUCUAUCUUGCUAUUGAGCUAUGUUCUUCCUUUAUUUAUGUAUAUUAUUUGGUUUUCUUAUAUAAUCUGAUAUAAAAGUAUAUUAUAUUAGAUUACAUGUAUGCUUCCAUAAUUUCCAAUUACUUCCGUAACCAAGUCUUUCUUUGUAACAUCAAAAAUUGCUUUCUCCACAAGUCAAGUAUUUUUUAUAAUAUGCUGCAGUGGUGCUCAAUCUGCGUAUGCAAGGAGUAAGCAACGCGGGGCCCAAUGUUGGACAAAUGCAAUCCAUUUUAUUAUUUUUUAUCGAAGAAACUUUAUUAUUUAUUUUUAAUGUUGUUUGGUAGGGAGGGAGGGUGGUUUAUUACACAUUAAGGGAUGUAAAAUUUGAAAAUGAUUGAGAACCCUAAACUACUGGUAUAAAUUUCAAUAUCCAUUCAAUUGUGCUUAUCGAUUUGACUCUAUGAAUUUAAAUACAAAUACAUUGCACCUAUAUGCUACAUAAAGUUUUGAAGGAAUUUAAAUACUCGGUAUUAGUAUUAUUUUCUUCUACUUUCAUGGCAAUAUUAUGAAAAUAGAAUCAAAUUAAUUCUCAUUUCUUUAAACCAGUAAAAAGUUAGAAUAAUUAUAUUAAUUGUUGAGUAAUAGGAAAUACUAUUUCCUAACUUACAUCAUUAUCAACAAGUUGUACUAGAUGUUGAUUUUUUAAUGUUUAGAGAUCAAUAAAUUAUUGGCACAGAUUUAAUUGCAAGCACAAAAUUAGAGUAGUAAACGGAUUCGAUUGGGAUAACGUAGCUACAUAGUAGUGCAUUAAUUUGAAUGUAUCUCGACUUGAAUUUGAAUAGUUUCGUAGCAUUUGAUAAUGAACUAUGUUUAAAAUGUGAAAUUCAAACCAGAUAUUAAUUCAGACUUGCAAUUAUUUAUUAUAUAGUCUUCCUUGUUUUUGUUGUAUUUUCCAAUGUUGAUUAAUUCAUUCCAAACAAUAAUAUUACAAAUACAAAAUAAUUUGAUGGUCAAUAUUCACUUCCUUGAUAAGGGCUAGAUAAUUUCAAUUUAAUACAUUUUUAUUUUAAUGAAAAUAAAGUCAAAAAAAGGAUACUUGGAUGGUUUAUUCACUUUCUUGAUAAGUAAUGGCUACCGGUACUCGUAUUUAUGUAAAAAAAAAUAAUUAAAAGAUGGUAAUACAUUUUUAUUUUUAUGAAAUAGUCAAAAAAGAGAUACUUUGAUUUUCAAUUUUUAUAUAUCAUGAUAAUGCUGAAUAGAAUAGCACAGGACAGAUAGGAAUGGAGAAGGAGGAAUCAUGUAUUCCCCCCCUAGGCUUCCACCUGCCCUAGGGCAGAACACUGAUAAUGAUGAUGAUAUAUUGUGAUGGUUUCUACAAGAUCAUUACAAAACCGUUUUAUCAAGGCUUUACGGCCUUCCAAUAACUAUGCUAACUCUAUAUUCGUUUGUAAAUAUUUUGAAAUUACCUUAUCAUAAAAUAUAAUAUCGAAUUGAAAAUAAAAAAUAAGUAGAGAAUGAUACUGAAUUGAUAAUACUUUGAAGUUGUCAUAUUUGUAUCAUAAUUAAUAUUUAAAAUGAAAUAAAUAAUCUGUUCUACAAUUUCUCAAAAUAAAAACAAUACUAAUUAACUUCCAUUUUAUGUAUAGUAGCAUAGCCACCUCUAAUACAGAGGUGGCUAUGAGGUGUAUUAGAGGUGGCUAUGAUAGUAGUCAUACUUAUACUUGGAAAAUAACGUAAAUACUGUAAUUGGAAAAUGCUCUCAAUAAUUAUGGAAAUUUUCAUUGAUUGUUUUAUUGGUAAAACAUUGUCUGUUUCAUGAUUUAUUAAUAAUUGAUGUAUUGUAAAAAGAAAGUGUUUUAAAAAUGUAGAUGUUCAACUAAAGUGUUAGUCAAAAGAUUACAAAAGUUUUCAAUUUCAUUGAAUGUAGACUCGUUAGGGAAUUUUUGUGGUUCUUUACAAUGCAGUAGCUGUAGUGUAUUAGUGGAAUUAGAGUAAUGCUUGUAUUGACAUACUUUGUCGGCAUAAUUAUUGUUAGAAUGGUAAAACACUGUAUCUCUUGAUAUGUAUACAAAGUCACUGUAUUGAAUGUUUCUGUGUUUGUUACAAAUGUCUGCCACAAAUAUAAUAAUAAUAGUACUGUAUUCUCAUAAGAUUUGUCAUCAGUAUUACUUUCUUACUAUGACUCGAGAUGUAUAAGAAAUAGAUGAAACUUCUUCACCGUAGAUUUACUAGUGCGGAUAGCUGUGAUUUUAUUAAGAAUAAAAUAUCUUGUCAAGACUGGUA